AUCUUACUUAAAGUGAAUUAUCACUGAAAUAUCUAGGUAGAAAAUUGUUUAAUGGCGGUAGUUUAUUUACUGGAUACCGCUAUUAUCUGUUAUUUAUUUAAUAGAUGCCGGAAUUUUUUGAUAAACAAACAAUUUUUGAAGAAUAAAUUUAAAUCUGACAGUAAACUUAUUAUCCAAAAACUUCCCUUUCGAAGUCAAACGAACAAAAACUACCAAGUCUUGUGAAAAUAAUUUAGUAUAUCUGUUUGAUAAAGCGGUAAAGUAAUUUAAGGUUAGAAUUUAAUUUUUGGUAUAAUUAUGAGCAAAAGUAAAAAGACCUCUCCUGAACCUGAUGCGGAAGAAGCGAUCGAGGAAUAUACUGUUGAAAAAAUUAUCGAUAGUAGAAUAAAUGAACGUGGCGUAAAAGAAUACCUAUUGAAAUGGAUUGGAUAUGAUGAUAAAGACAACACUUGGGAACCAGAGGAAAAUUUAGAUUGUCCAAGUCUGAUCAAACAGUAUGAAAUGGACAAAAUGGCCAAAGAAAAAGAACGAAACAGUAAAAAACGAAAAAUAGAUGAAAAUUUCAAACGGGGUAAAGAUGAUAAAAAAGUUCAGGGAUUCGACAGAGGAUUAGAACCGGAAAAAAUUAUUGGAGCCACAGAUAGUGCAGGACCACUUAUGUUCCUCAUGAAGUGGGUCGGUACAGACGAGGCUGACUUGGUGCCAGCAAAACAAGCAAACGUUAAGUGUCCACAAGUUGUUAUUAAAUUUUAUGAAGAAAGACUAACAUGGGCUGCGCCUUCUUCAGAAGAAACCAAAAGUUAGUUGUGCCAACUUCAUUUUUUUUUCAAUUAAUUUAAUAUUGUUCCUAGUAUGUUCAUAUAUUUACCUAUUUGAUGAUUUUCUUUGAUAAAAGACAUUUUGAUUAUCAUACAGACCUAUUUAUUUGAAAUAAUUCAUUUCAACUCUUAAUUGAUGAUAAGAAUUAAUUUAUCGUCGUUAUUUUCGAUUUUUCGUGAAUAAAUGAUGGAAAAAAGAUAUUAAAUACAGAGUGAACUAUUUUUUCGAGUUUUUUGUUUUUUUUCUAUUAAAUCAUAUAUUAUUGACUUCUCCAAUCGUUAUAGUUGUAUACUGUUACUAAUGACAAAAUUAAAAUAACGAAUGAUUGAAAUAAUCAUGUACCUUCUAAUUUCAAUAUGUAGAGGAAAAAAAUUAUGAAAAUUUUGAAGAAAAUCGAUGAAUAGUUCACAAACUUGUUUGUGUUGUUGAUAUCUAGAUUUUUGCAAAGAAAAUAGCGGGCUAUGAACGAAUUGUUCGCAGAAACGAUUCCAAUGUUUUAUUUUUCACAUAAAUUAUUUCCUUUUUUGGUUACUAUAAGUCUUAAUAGUCGUAAAACAACAGAAAUGCCGAAUAUAUCCAAUCGAAGAAGAAUACCAACAUGUAUAAUUACAUUGUUUGGUCUUUCGAGCCGGGUAUUUAGCAAUGACAGGCUCGAAGGACCAGACAGUGUAAUUUGUUCUUGUGGUGUUUUAAUUUUUACAGAAAAUAUUAAAAUUUAUCAAUUAAUAGUUGUAAUUUAGUAGAUUGAAAUUGUUUUUUUCAAUAUUGAUGAAAAUUAAAAGGUGUUAUAAUCAUAAUUCGCAAUUCUGUUGGUAUAUUUUUUAUUAAAGGUACCACUGUUAUAUAUUGUAACCUAAAAAUCGAAUAUCUUUUAAUUGAAACUUCCUGUAUAAUUUCUAUAAUAUGAUGAGGUGGCGUUCCAACAUAUUUUGUCAUGUAAACUUAGUUUCCCAAUAACUGCCAAAAACAAUACAAAAUAUCUGUUUAUACGUUGACAUAUCCUACUGUAUUUACUAAAAUAAAUCAAAUUAACAUUUUGGAGCACCGAAUAUUUCAAAUUCUUUCUUUUCACAUCAAUUGAUUUACGACACACCAUUUCUACGCCAUCCAUUACGUCAACACAAAAAUGAAACAUGAAUGCUAUGCUAUUAACAUAACCUCAAACUCGCAGAAGUAACUUUCAACAAGUUUCGGUGCUUUUUAAAAGUCAUGUGACCUAUUUACUGUGUUGUUAGUGGCAAAAACUAAGUACUAGAGUAAUAAAUGUACCAGAAACAUAACCUUCAAUACGAAAUUGACAAUUUGGAAUGUUGCAUGAUUAAUUUACCAUGUUGUUAUAGGUAAAAAUUCAAUAACUAAGUGCUGUAGUAACAAAUUAAUUGUAAUAUGGCAAAAGUAACCUAUAAUAAAAAUUAUUCGUAGUUUCAGUGCUUUUAAAAAUGGAUAUUGACUAAUGUUGAAAUCCUCAACACAUUUUGAGGUUAUCUUUUUGACCACUGCCUGUUUUGACUCUUUUGUUCACUCAAAAUUUCAGUUCGCGCAUUUUUAUUUGGUGUUUUUUCAAAAAUUGAUUUAGCACUCAUCAAUUAAUAAUCUUAUUAAUCAUGUAACUAAUUAUCCUUGUUAACUUGGUUAUAUUCAUAAAAUAAUGUCUUACAGGUAAUACGAACAUAAUCUAUAAAUUGAUUUAGCAUUCAUCGAUUAGUUGGUUUUGUUGACUAUGUGACCAGUUUCCUAUAUCUUCAUUGGUUAUAUUUAUAAAAUACUGUUUGACUGAAAAGUCGCGAACAUAACCUAAAAAUUUAUUGAACCUCAUAAAUUUGUUGCUUGUAUUAAUCAUGUGACCAAUUUACUGUACCCUUAUUGGUUAUAUUUAUAAAAUAAUGUUUGACAGGAACAUACAUAGAAGGAGUUAUCUCAUCAUAUAAGAAAUUUUUCAAUGUACUCUGUCAGAACAUCAGAGUAUAAUGUUUUGUACAUAUAUUUUUUAGUGUGUAUCACAUUAAAGAUGAUUUCAUUUUCAAUUAUUUAAUAGUUUUUUAUUUUGUAAAAAAUAUUUUUUUUUGUAAUAAUAGUUUCAAUAAAA